AUUGAACUAGAAAUCAUCUCAAUACUUGGCACAGAUCUGGGUUUAAUAAAUUGCGUGUACUAAAGAUGAAAUCUACAAGCAGCAAAGGCCCGCAUGAAUCGAGUUUGUGAUUCCGCACAUCUGCACACAACUUAGCACACACAUCCACUUUAGUUCUGCUAAAGUCGGGGGUGGUGGGGAUGCUGGUGGAGCUCAUAUACUAACUCACAUACUCCUCCUCAUAUUCAUUUACUUGUUCACUACAUUCGAGGCUCCCUUGCUUUCAUUUUAAGCUCCUGCUCCACCUCUGUUUUUCUGUCUCUCUCCCUCUCCCCCAAUCUCUCUCCCUAGUCUCUCUCUCUCCCCAAUCUCUCUCCCUAAUCUCUCUCUCUCUCCCUCUCUCUCCCUCUCUCUCUCUCCUAGACAUACAUAUAUCUUUAUCUCUCUUGUUCUCUCUCUCUCUCUCUCCCGCUUUCUUCAUCAUACACAUACAUAAAAUCCACUAAAAUGAGGACCCUGUUCUUCUUACUCCAUCCAACUCAACCAAGCUAAACAAACCAUAACUACCUCACCAAAUGAACACCAACAUGAAGACUAGUCUGCACAAAGCUUCUCCAUUGAAACGUGAAAAAGAAGCCACUGAUAUGCAGAAGAGCAAGAUAAUGGAUGCUGAGAAGGCAAGUACUAGUAAUAGAAGAAGCGUAAUUCGACAGAGGAAAAUGGCUCUGCAACAAGAUGUGGAUAAGCUGAAGAAAAGGCUUAGACAUGAAGAGAGUGUUCAUCGAGCUUUAGAGAGGGCUUUUAGUAGGCCUCUGGGAGCACUUCCUCGCCUUCCUCCUUUUCUGCCUCAGCCUACGCUGGAGCUUCUAGCUGAAGUGGCUGUUUUGGAAGAGGAAGUUGUUCGGCUGGAAGAACAGGUUGUGCAAUUUAGGCAAGGACUGUAUCAGGAAGCUAUAUAUACCUCAUCUUCCAAAAGGAACAUGGAAAAUUCUGGUGAUUUAUAUGACCCGCGCCAUGUUCAAGACCGCAGACAUAAGCGGUCCAACUCCUCUCUUCAAAAUGAACCAUGUGCAUCGACAUCCACACCAAUGAACAUGCCCUCACUCCCCGAGAAUGGGCAAGGGAAAGAGAAUAUAUCAUGCACAACUUCCUUCAAGGACAAGCAGCCGUUAACAAGAUUAAGAGACCAAACAAGUCGGGUUCCAGUCAAGAAAGGUCCAAUUGAUAAUAGGUUAGAAGUGAAGCAUUUAGAUCCUCCCAAACUACAGCAAGGCAAAGUAAUUAACAAUGUUUCUACAUACGGAGAGAUCCCUGCAAUACAGAAUGAUAGGUCAUCAGGAGAUCAGAAUCCGAACAAGAUAUCUGAGAGUAUUCUAAAAUGCUUGAUGAAUAUUUUUGUAAGAAUGAGCUCAGUCAAGAAUAGGGGUACAACAGAGACCUUGCCAUCUUUAUCAGCACUAAAUUCGCAGAACUACGAAAAAUCAGAGUUUAAGGAUCCUUAUGACAUCUGUUUUGAAUUUGGGGAUAGAGAUAUUGGCGCAUACGCAAAUUUUUUUGCAUUUGAUACUGCCUCGAUCAAUUCUAGCAGAACAGCAAUUUCGGUGUUUCUAGUUCGCAGGCUAAAACUUUUACUAGGAAAGUUAUCUGCAGUUGAUCUUAAGGGUUUGACUCAUCAAGAGAAGCUUGCCUUUUGGAUUAACACUUACAAUUCAUGCAUGAUGAAUGCAUUUCUAGAACAUGGGAUACCGGCAAGCCCUGAGAUGGUUGUUGCACUGAUGCAAAAGGCAACAAUAAAUGUUGGGGGACACUUGCUAAAUGCAAUAACCAUUGAACAUUUCAUACUCAGACUACCUUAUCACUCGAAAUAUACUUUUGCAAAGGGUUCCAAAAAUGAUGAGAUGACAGCACGAAGUACCUACGGAUUGGAGUUAUCUGAACCAUUAGUAACAUUUGCACUAUCCUGUGGAAGUUGGUCCUCCCCUGCUGUGCGAGUUUAUACUGCGCUUGAGGUUGAAAACGAAUUGGAUGUGGCAAAAAGGGAGUAUUUGCAGGCUUCAAUUGGCAUUUGUACGACAAACAAUAUAUUUGCAAUCCCAAAACUGUUGGACUGGUAUUUGCUAGAUUUUGCAAAGGAUCUCGAGUCAUUGCUAGAUUGGAUAUGCCUUCAGCUACCGAGUGAACUUGGAAAAGAAGCGCUUCAGUGCCUUGAGAGAGCAAAACCUGACUCACUAUCGAAGUCUGUCCAGGUUGUUCCGUAUGAUUUCAGUUUCAGGUAUCUUUUGCACACAUAAGGUUUACACCAUAUAGUCUCUUGUCUGCAUAGUUUCAGUCAAAUCCGUACACGAAUAUGAUAUAUAAUCACCAAGGUAAAUAUAUACUCAUUACUCCUUACCAGUAGUCAGAAUGUAAGGGAGCAAGAUUUCUUUGUAAUUCUUAGCAGUUGUAAUUAGUAUUCUUUGUAUUUGCUCUUAUGGUAGGAUAAUACAUGAAAUAGAAAAUAUGUAAUGAUCCCUUCACUCCGACUCAGCGAGUAGAGAUCAACUACUUUGAAAAUUACUGAGAGCAAUACUAGAACAAUGUUGCCUCAUAAUCAAUCUACCUGUCUUGCAUUCCUUUCUC